AUGCUUGAGUACUUAGAUCUUCGAUACAACAAAUUUCAUGGGGAGAUACUUACAAGUCUAUUUCAAUGUCAUGCACUUCAAAAUCUUUCUACCGAAGGCAAUGAAUUUACAGGAAGUAUUCCAAAUGAAAUUGGAAACUUAUCGGCACUUCAAUGGUUAAGUUUGGAUGAGAAUGGUUUCAGUGGAAGUAUUCCAAAUGAAAUCGGAAACUUGUCAGCUCUUCAAUUUGUAUAUAUCGAUUCCAAUAUCUUGACAGGCACAAUUCCUCAUUCAAUUGGCAGUUUGUCAAAUUUGAAGGACUUCUCAAUUUCACACAACAGUCUUCAUGGGCACAUCCCACGAGAUAUAGGGCAUCUAUCCCAUUUAGAAUUCUUAGGUUUGUCGUUCAACAAGCUUGAGGGUGAAAUACCUAUAUCCAUCUUCAACCUCUCCAUGUUACAAGUACUCGAUCUUGCAUUCAAUAGAAUCUCUGGUAGUCUUUCAUCAGCAAUACCCAAUGGACUCCUUGAUCUCAAAGGUCUCUAUCUUGGUGUCAAUCAAUUAAGUGGAGAAAUUCCUGACUACAUCUCAAAUUUUUCUAAGCUUACUACAUUGGAUCUCGGUGACAACUCAUUCAGUGGAAGUGUACCCAUGAAUCUUGGGAAUUUUCGGGACCUACAAUAUCUAUAUUUAGAAGAUAAUCAGUUGAAAAACGAUGCUUCGAUGCUCGAAUUGGAUUUUCUUAUUUCGCUGACAAAUUGUACACUCUUGAAGUACAUAGUGAUCUCUGACAAUUUAUUUGACGGAAUGCUUCCGAAAGCCUUGGGUAAUUUGUCGGCAUAUCUUGAAAUCUUCCACGCCUAUUCUUGUGGCAUCAAGGGCGUGAUUCCGAGUAAAAUAGGCAAUAUGAGCAACUUGAUCUGGUUAGAUGUGGGAGGCAAUGACUUGACAGGAACAAUCCCUGGCACAUUGAGUCAAAUGAAGAAGUUGCAAAGUCUGGGCCUUAGUGACAAUAAACUACGAGGGUCAAUACCUGACAACCUUUGUGAUCUGGUAAAUCUGUUUCGCAUAAAUUUGGAGAAAAAUAAGCUCUCUCAACAGCUACCAACUUGUUUAGGAAAUCUAACCUUUUUACAAGAAAUUAAUCUAUCUUACAACUCAUUGACUUCCACUAUCCCAUCAACACUGUGGACCAGCAAGGAAAUUCAAAAAAUGGACCUGUCAUUUAAUUUACUCGAUGGUUCGCUGGCUAAAGAAAUUCGAAACAUGAAGAGCAUGCGAGAGUUAUAUCUAUCGGGAAAUCAAUUUUCAGGCGAGAUUCCCAGUACUAUUGGAAAACUUCAGAAUUUGGUAAAUCUAUCAUUAUCAAACAAUCAGUUACAUGGUCCUAUACCUGAGUCAUUUGGUAAUUUGAUUGCAUUGCAAUACUUGGAUCUAUCCAAGAACAAUCUCUAUGGGUUGAUCCCCAAGUCAUUGGAAAAACUUAAAUACCUUGUGUAUUUCAAUGUUUCAUUCAAUGAGCUCAGUGGCAAAAUUCCAAAUGAAGGGCUUUUUAAGAACUUAACGUCAGAUUCUUUCAAAGGCAAUAGAUAAUUGUGUGGAGGAUCUCAAUUCAAGGUCAUGGCAUGUAAAGAUAACACAACUAGACCAUCAACCAAGAGCACGGUUUUGAAGUAUAUUUUACCAUCAAUUGCUUUAGCAAUAUGUCUAGCCAUUAUUUUUAUUUAUUUAAUGAGACGUCGUAAGAAUACACUUCUUCCGGCUCAGUCUACCAUCAUGACUGUCAAGAGGAUUUCAUAUUUUGAUAUUCUUAAUGCUACCAACAAAUUUGAUGAAGAAAAUGUAAUUGGAAAAGGCAGUAUUGGUUUAGUAUACAAGGGAAUAUUUUCCGAUGGCAUGAUUGCUGCUAUUAAGGUUUUUAAUUUAGAUUUGGAAAGUGCACAAACGAGCUUUGAUACUGAGUGCCACAUAUUAUGCAACAUUCGCCAUAGAAAUCUUGUCAAGGUAAUUAGCAGUUGAGCUAACAGUGAUCUUAAAGCCUUGGUAUUGGAAUAUAUGCCUAAUGGAAAUCUUAGCAAAUGGCUGUACUCUUGCGACUAUUGCCUAAAUAUAACCCAAAGAUUGGAAAUAAUGAUAAAUGUUGCAUCUGCACUGGAGUAUCUACAUCAUGGGUAUACCUCUCCAAUUGUCCAUUGUGAUUUGAAGCCCAGCAACAUACUUUUAGAUGAAGAUAUGGUUGCUCAUGUUGGAGACUUUGACAUUGCCAAGCUUUUCAAA